ACACACCCGCCCAUUGAAUCAUCGCGAACAGUGCCUUUUAAUUUACCUGGAUAUAUCAGACACCGAAAAAGCGGAACGCGAAAACCGGAACGGCUACUCUUCUUCAUUUUAGAGUCGAGUGAGAUGAUAUAUGCACAUAAUUUUUCUUCGUAUUUCUUCAAAAAGUCCAGCGCGCAAGAGUUUCGAUGGAAGUUUCAGUUUAGACUUAAUUUUAUUCUCACAUCGGUGAUGAUAUGUUCUGUUUAUGGUCGCCCAAAAUUAUUGAUUUUUUUCAGCAACACGCAGAUCUACUAUCCGUCAUUGACAUCCUUGGAAAUGCGCCUGAAUCUGGCUCGUAAAUUCGGAGUUGGCGCCGCCAUCUGGGAUUUCGGUCAGGGCUUGAAUUAUUUUACUCAGGUUCUUUGA